CCAGGCCACGGCGGCCCUUCUUUGUAAAGAAAAGAUGGCAGCCUCAGUCGUGAGGAGUGCUAUGGCGUUGAGAACGAGUGUUGGUCGACCGGUUGCUUUUGUCAGAAAAAUUCCUUGGACCGCGGCGUCGAGUGAGCUGAGAGAACACUUUGCUCAGUUUGGCCAUAUACGAAGGUGCAGUGUACCUUUUGACAAAGAGACUGGCUUUCACAGAGGUCUGGGUUGGAUUCAGUUUUCUUCAGAAGAAGAACUUCGAAAUGCAAUACAACAGGAAAAUCACAUCAUUGAUGGAGUAAAGCUCCAUGUUCAAGCUCAAAGACCAAAAAAAUUGCUAAGGGAUCAAAUAUCUGAUGAAGAGAAAGAUUUCUGAGAUGAUUACUGCUUGUGAAAUAAAGUAAACAUAACUGAG